AAAUUCUUUCCGUCUCUGCUCGGUGUCGGUGAGGUUGUCUGUCACGUUCAUCAAAGAACGGCAUGCUCGCCAACGAGGCUUGUCAGAGCCAUAGUUCCGCCGAAUAUGUGGAAAUGAAGAAGGGUGGGUUUGGAGUUUGGACCAUGGAACCGCCAUCGAAUCAAUGGGGAUAUCAGGGAGAUCGGUUUUAGGAGGAGGGGGAGGAAAGCUAAAAAAGAAUGUGGUGUGACGGCGCGAGAGCGGAAGCGGUGUGACUUGCUAAUAUAGUAUCGCGUCGCCGGUUCCGGAGACUUUAGUUGCAAUCAACAUGAUUGAUGGCCUUGACGCUUGUCAUGAAUCAAACCUCCUCAGUGAUGCAGGUGCUCGGCGGACUCAUCUUGGUUUCUCAAGGAGCCCCGCGAUGGUCAUCCGCUACCUGCGAUCGUCUCUCUUUAUCAAAACUGAAGAGGGCCAAUGUUCCCCACUUGAGCCUCCCGAUAUUGCCUUUCUCGGUAGUGAUGCUCUCAGAGGGAUGGGAACUGGAAAACAUUGGCGUCACCCGGAAUGCAGGCGCUCGAGUCAACGGUGCGUUUUGUCUUUGAGGUGAACCGUGGGAGUAUCAGAAGCAGAGCCGUUACAGGUAGAAGAACCAAAUAAACGCUCUCAGCUCUUGGCACCGAUCGCGCUGCAACGUCUUUCUCCCGACCGAAAGCGACGCGCCGGGCUUAUGUAUGGUCAUUCUGAGGCGCAUCGCUUGCGACAGCUUGUUGGUGCAUCGAAAGACGGAACCUGGGUGGUUAUUUCCCUUUGAUGCAGCAAGUCCUUCUCCUGGAGCCGCUCAAGGAAAAGCGCGAUGCAGGUGUUGGAAACAAAGCUGUGAUUCGCCCGAUG